AGCUUCCACCCCGUUGGUCAGAAACUCAACCAUCAAUUGACUUUCUACAAUUGAGAAGUGCGCCAUCCGGGCAAGAUAGAGAGAGAGAGAGAGAGAGCGAGAAGCUGUGAAUAACUCUCGGAGCUAAUUGACUCGAGCGCGGGGCACGAUGGGGGACGCCGCCCAAGAUCUCGACGCCAAAGGGGGCGGCCUUGAUACGGCGAAGGACUUGUUCGCCGGAGCUGCUGGAGGAAUUGCACAGGUCCUUAUAGGCCAACCCUUCGACAUAGUAAAAGUGCGCCUACAAACCAGCACAGCAUACAGCUCCGCCCUCGACGCCGCAUCCUCGAUCUACGCCAAGGAAGGCGCGCUGGCCUUCUACAAGGGCACCCUGACCCCGCUCCUGGGCAUCGGCGCCUGCGUAUCCAUCCAAUUCGGCGCCUUCGGGUGGGCGCGGCGGUCCUUCGAAGCCUCGAACGCGGCCAAGGGUUCCAACGACCUCGGGUACGGCCAGUACUUCGCCGCCGGCGCCUUCGCCGGCGUCGCGAACAGCGUGAUCUCGGGCCCCAUCGAGCACGUGCGCAUCCGGCUGCAGACGCAACCGCACGGGUCCGCGCGCCUGUACACAGGGCCGAUAGACUGCGUGCGCAAGCUCAGCGCGCACGCCGGCGUCUUGGGGGGCCUGUACCGCGGCGAGGCCGUGACGAUCUGGCGCGAGGCCUUCGCGUACGGCACCUGGUUCCUGGCCUUCGAGUACCUGAUGAACCGGGACGCGGCGCGGAACCGGGUGCAGCGGAGCGAGGUGCCCGCCUACAAGGUCGCCUUCUACGGCGGCCUGGCCGGCGAGGCGCUUUGGCUCGCCAGCUACCCCUUCGACGUCGUCAAGAGCAAGAUGCAGACCGACGGCUUCGGCUCGGGGAUGAAGUACAGGACGAUGCGGGACUGCUUCGCGCAGACGUGGCGCGCCGAGGGCGCUCGCGGCUUCUGGAAGGGCAUCGGGCCUACGCUGUUGAGGGCCAUGCCUGUCAGCGCUGGCACGUUCGCCGUGGUCGAGGCUACGAUGCGGGCUAUUGCUUGAGCGGCGGCGGCAGGUCUAGGCACCAGAUUAUUUACGGCAGGGGAGGGAGAGUUAGGAUAACAUUAUUUCCGGCCUGGGACGAAUACAAGGCGUUGGGCUUCAACCAAAGAUGCUUAAGAUCGGGGCAA